CAGUACAGAUGGCCGUCGAUGUCAUCAGCAGCAGCGGUAGUUAAAAACAAACAUGCAAGAGGCAGAAUUUGUUUUUAGUUUAGUUUUUGCUUUGUUUGCAUUCGGAAUUAUUUACCCACCGACAGAAUUUGAGUCAAUCGGUCUGACGAUAAAUAAUAUCUUUGGCACAUUCCUCGGCACUAUCGAAAUUGAAUUUGUACAAUAUCAAUUGAGGCGAACAUGUUUGACACUGUUCAUUCAUACAAUCCUGCCGACGUUGUAUUGUGUUUGCUAUCACCUCAAGUUUGGUGAUUUGAUUGAGUACGAUGUACGCUCCUUUCCAAAAUUUAUUCUUUGGAAUUCGUUUAUUUUGUUUGCAAUCGUUUUGCCCAUAAUCUCGGCUGGUAUCAUUUAUUAUUGGUGGAAAAAUAACUAUGCGAUGCAUCCGAUUAUACAAAAUCUGCGGAAAUAUGGAAACGGGCAGCAAGCAGCUAUCGACAUCAAUACAGAAUACAGACGUGAUGACAAAAUAUGCAUGAAAACUAGUGCAGUACAUUCAGUGGUCGCAACAGCAAAUUGGAUCAUGAAGGUUGGUCAUUAUUCAGUGAAUUGUGCCCACCAAAGCGACACGGCACUUAUCGCAAUUCGAAGUGACUCACACGUCUUGAGCGAAGCUUCGACGGAAACGAUACAAUUCGUGAAUAUCAGGGUGAAGCCAACGCGACCGGGAGUCUCGGAAUUUAUAAUCCGGAUCAAUGCACUGGACUUCAAAACUUUGCAGGAUCGAAUUACCAGGCCGAUUGCCAUAUUAGAUGGAGUUCAAUUUAAUCGAAGUGUUAUAGAUAGAUUUAUCGAAGUGUUCAAACAGCAAAUUCGUCUGAAUCCAACAUACAAGACGAACGAGAUAACGGACCAAUGUUUUGCCUGUCAAAGCGCUCCACCAAAUGUAAAACUGCAAAAAAAUUGUACAGAUGAACUAGUGGCUGGUAGCGAGCAUACACACUGCGGUAAUUGCUACUGUCGCCCAAUGUGGUGUAUCGAAUGUAUGGCAAAAUGGUUCGCAUCGAGACAAAACCAGCAUGAAAAAGAUAUUUGGCUGCAACAACGUUGCACUUGUCCGAUGUGUCGCUCUGUGUUUUGUAUUUUGGAUGUUAGUUACGUAGAAUUAACAGAUGAAUGAUGUGCCUACUACUAUCAACUUCAUUGAAAUUAUGGAAAUUUGUGCAUACUUUCUUUCAUUUGAGAGUUUUUCAACAUAACCACAUUUGUAACAUUUGUUCACUUUUAUGGAAAUAGAUUAUAUUUCAUGCCAAUUUUGCCACGUA